GCAGCCAGCCAUCAUCAACAAUUUAAUCUUGUUCUCGUUACAGCCGCUGCCUUCCGCACAUAAUUAUUGAGAACAAUAAAAAAUGUGACUGUGAAAAUAGUCGAGUGCAAGAUGUGCAAGAGAUGCGAUUCUUAUUCUUGCUGGUGUUUAUUUAUUGUAGUGUUGUCGACGGGUUCUCUAUUUUCAGCCGGCAGUCUUCGGCGGCGCUCGAUUGGAACGAUCAAUUAUUCUAUGAAGAUGAUCAUCUACAAGGGUAUAGGAAGGGGGUUAGUGAUACAGGUCGAGUUUUUGUUAAAAUGUUGGGAUUUCCAUCGAAAUGCGAAAGAAAAGGACAACAUCAUGCAUGCACUUUGUCACUUGCCUGUUGGAUAGUUGGAGGCUCCAGCCAGUCAGGAUGUGGAGGCAGUCCGUGGAUAGUAGCUUGUUGCGUAACUGGCACAACAGAUAACAUGCCAGCUGUCAUUCCGUACGAGGAUUACAAUGAUCUGCAAGAAAAUCUAGAGUUUGAAGAUAAUGCUGGACUCACUUUGCAAAAGAGGAUUGACGACUUCUCCCCAUUGUUGGAAGAUAAUUAUGAUCAGUGCGGCGUGUCUUUUGAAAGAGUAUUGUCGAAGCGUAUAAUUGGAGGAAGAGAAGCUAAUUUUGCGCAGUUCCCUUGGCAAGCAUACAUUAAGGUGAAGACUUUUCAGUGUGGAGGAGUAUUAGUGUCAAGGAAAUUUGUAGCUACCGCUGCCCACUGUAUAAUAGCUGCAAAUUUAAAAGAUAUCUGGAUUUAUUUGGGAGAACUUGAUACUCAAGAUACAGGAUCAGUUAAGGAAUUAGCCCCAGCAGACUUACAUAUGGUCCGCAAAAAGAUCGUUCAUCCGCAAUUCCGAUAUCGAGCCACUCAACCUGAUAGAUUUGAUUUGGCCCUCCUGGAGUUGGCGACCGAAGCCAGCACCCAUUUCCAUAUUUCUCCCAUUUGUUUGCCGGACAAUGACAUGGAGCUGACUGGGAGGGAGGCAGUGGUGGCCGGUUGGGGGAAGAUCAAGAGAAGCAAUGAUUUAAUGGGUACUAAUGUUCUAAGAAGUGCUACGGUUCCUAUUUUAGAUAUAAAAGAAUGUGUACGAUGGCACAAGCUCAACAGGAUUUACGUCGAUCUCCACAGCGAGAUGUUAUGUGCUGGGCACGAAAACGGAAAGCAGGACGCCUGUUUAGGGGACUCGGGAGGUCCUUUAAUAAUUCUGGAACGUGGAAGGUGGACUUUAGUGGGCAUUAUCAGUGCCGGCUUCGGCUGCGGUGUGCCCCAUCAACCUGGAAUUUAUCAUAAAAUUCCGGUCACGGCGGAAUGGAUUAGGAACGUUAUAGUCCAAUAAACGUGAUAUAGCCGAUGGUGAAAUCGUGAUUUUUCUAAAAUAUAUGCAGGAACAGCUUAAGACUUUCGAUAGGCCAUCAGAAACGACUCACCCUGUAAACAGCCAUAACAUGUGAGCAGUCUUUCAAAAACAUCCACACUCAAGCAUGAUAGUUAAAGUAUCUGGUUGGUAAUUCCAUUGUAAAGAAUGAUGAAAAACCACUAAAAAACCAAUCACACUAUCUCAACGUAAGUAUUGGUGUUACAUCAGAUCUACUCCGAAUAUUAACAUCAAACUCAUCAUAAUUCCAAAAAAAUGAUAAAGUUAAAAAUAAGAAUUAGUGGUACUAAUGGACCAGUACAUUAUAAAAUUCUUUCGUAAAAAUCGGCUCCUUUGUAAUAGGAAACUUGCAUAAAAUUUUAAAUUCGAAGAAAAUGUUAUAAAUCACAACAGAACAUAAUUUAAAACAUGUAUCAAAGAUAAAAAAUUUUGUUUGUCUUUCGUUUGGCCCGUAAAGACGAUCAGAAAAUCAAAUUAUACCAGCCAACCCAAAACGCGUCGUGACGUCGCCAGGUUAUAUGUUUACAUUCUGAACCAACAAAGUAAACAAAAUUGUAUAUAAUUUUAAAUUAGACAUUAUAUACGUCAGUAGAAAAUACAGUUAUGUGACGUUACAAGUGUUUUUGCUCGUUUGAACUAUUCAUAGAAAAUUUGUACUUUUACAAAGUGGUUUUAUUUUCCACAGUAAACCUUCCUUCCUUUCCUUCAAUAACUAUAUCAAACUCCAAUCUCAACAAACUCGUAUAUAUUAUUACAAUGACAUACGAUAAAUGUCAUUAGAAUAUAAAUAUUUUCCUUUAUUCUGCGACGACGAGCUGGUCAAACACCCAAGUAGGUGGAGGCCAAUAAACUAAAGAAGAAGAAGAAGAAGAAUAUAUCUAAAUAUAACCAUAAACGGAACCAUAUAGUUAAACUAUGUGGCGUCACGGGUCGUUUGAACUACUUUAAAAUACAGAAGACUUUAAAUUUGUACUUCUAAGUUAUUAUGAGUUUUUGAAGCGUGAAAUUUUGGAAAUCUCAUUUUUAUACAAAACUGAACAUUAUAUUAUUAUGUACCUAAUAAAAAAAUGUGCAAGUUCCCUAUUAUUCUAAAUUACGAUUAAAUAUACGUGUAUAUAAACAUUAUAAUAGAUUACUUCAAAGUUUUCUGGAAGUAUUAGUAAACUUUUUGAACGUAAUUUACUUGUAUAAUUAGUUCUAACUGUUUUUAGCAAAAUAAAUAGGCUAAUAAAGCAAAUCAAUGUUAAUGUGAUGUAUGUAUGUGAUUUUUUUUUUAAAUAAAUGUUUUAACAAUU